AUGACAAAUUGCAGAUUGUCAGAGGUCAGCUGUGAUUACCUGAAUUCAGCUCUGAAGUCCAACCCCUCCCAUCUGAGAGAGCUGGACCUGAGCAGCAACUACGACCUGCAGGAUUCAGGACUGAAGCAGUUGUGUGUUUUUUUGGAGAGUCCACACUGUAUACUGGAGACUUUAAGACUGGCUGGUUGUGGACUCUCAGAAGCUCACUGUGACAAUGUGGCCUCAGCUCUGAAGUCCAAAUCCUCCCAUCUGACAGAGCUGGACAUGAGUUACAAUAAGCUGCAUGAUUCUGGAGUGAAGUGUUUGUCUGCUGGACUGGAGAGUCCAAACUGUCGACUGGGGACUCUGAGAUUGGAGUACUGCUGGUUGUCAGAGGUCAGCUGUGCUUCUCUAGUCUCAGCCUUAAAGUCCAGCCUGUCCCAUCUGAAACAUCUGGACCUGAGUAACAACACUGAUGUGCAGGAUUCAGGAGUGAAGCAUCUGUGUGGUUUUCUGGAGAGUCCAGGAUGUGGACUUGAAACGCUGAGAUUGGAAAACUGUGGUUUGUCAAAGAUUGCCUGUGAUUAUCUGGUAUCAGCUUUGAAAUCCUCCUAUCUGAGACAGCUGUACAUGAGAAGAAACAACCUUCAGGAUUCAGAUGUGAAGCAGCUGUCUGAUCUGGUGGAGAGCCCACACUGUAGACUGGAGACUCUGAGGUAA